AUGGGGUGCUGCUUCCGUGGCUCCACAAAUAUGCCUCCCAAUGAAACCUUUAUGCCUGUAGUUGUUGAAGAAUACCCAGAACCCAAAAAUCUCAAACAAGAAGUUUUGAUACAAAUUCCAGGAUGCAAAGUUCAUCUGAUGGAUGAAGGAGAAGCUCUUGAACUGGCUCAAGGCCAGUUCAUGAUCAUCAAAACCUUGGACGACAAUGUGUCUCUGGCUACUAUCAUAAAAGUAGGAGAUGAUCUUCAAUGGCCUUUGACAAAAGAUGAGCCAGUAGUGAAGCUUGAUGCUCUCCAUUACCUGUUUUCGUUGCUUGUAAAAGAUGGCGAGCCUCUUAGCUAUGGUGUGACAUUUUCAGAAGAGAGUUUUGGAAAUUUGGGUGUGCUGGAUUCUUUUCUGAAGGAGCACUCUUGCUUUUCUGGCUUGAAAUUGAGUAACAAGAAUGAUCUUGAUUGGAAGGAGUUUGCUCCAAGGGUUGAAGACUACAAUCAUUUUCUGUCCAAGGCAAUUGCUGGAGGGACUGGUCAGAUUGUGAAGGGUAUCUUCAUUUGCAGCAAUGCUUACUCCAACAAGGUACAGAAAGGAGGAGAAACGAUCCUAAAUAGUUCUGCAGGUGAGAAAAAUGGUGUGGUGGCCAGGGAAAGUAUGAGCAACAAGACUACACCAAGUGCCUCGAAGAAGAACAAGAUAAAUAAAAACCUCAAACGUGUGAGAAAGCUGUCCAAGAUGACAGAAAAGCUAAGCAAAUCUUUGCUUAAUGGAGUUGGUAUAGUUAGUGGAUCAGUGAUGGGUCCUGUGGUUAAAUCCCAAACAGGAAAGGCAUUCCUAAGAAUGCUUCCUGGAGAGGUGCUGUUAGCUUCCCUUGAUGCAGUCAACAAGGUUCUCGAUGCAGCUGAAGCUGCUGAAAAACAAACUCUUUCUGCCACCUCCAAAGCUGCAUCCAGAAUGGUCUCUAACAGGUUUGGGGAAAAUGCUGGGGAAGCAACUGAACAUGUGUUUGCAACUGCGGGACAUGCUGCUAACACUGCUUGGAAUGUCUUUAAGAUACGAAAGGUCAUCAAUCCAGCUUCUUCAGCAACUACUGGAGUGCUGAAAAAUGCUGCCAAGAUUAGAAGUUUUAAGAAUUAA